AUGGAUAUUGAAUGUCAAGGAUGUUAUUACACUUUAUGUUCAUUUGUUUGCCUUACUGAAAAUUUAUCAAAAAUAUUACAAUUUUUAUGGCGACAUGGUUGUCUUAAAAAAACGUAUUCUUGCGAAAAAUGUGGUAGAAAGUGUGCUAUAGGGGACAAAGAUUUAUUUUUUAGAUGUAAUAGAAAUGCAUUGGAUAUUCCUGUUACAACACGACAAAUUCAAAAUUUGUCUGAACAAAAAAAUAAUUUGUUAAAUGUUCCACAAACAUAUUCCGAAAUACAGUAUUUAGAUAAUUUAAGUACUAAUCAGUGUAUAUCAUCUUUAAAUUUACCUGAAUUUUCUCAACAAAAACACACUCUUCCUCACUGUUCAGUAAAUUCAGAAAAUUUAUUGCUGCUUAAUAAUAAUAAUAAUAAUCACAGACUUCAACAGUCUGACAUACCUACUUCAGAGUGUAUUGAAAAUAAUUCAAACAAUUACACUUUUGCACCUAUACCUAGUGUUGUGCCUAGUCGAAAUGAAUUAAAUUCUAAUGAGAAAACUUUACCAACUAUCAAUCAAUCUGAGGAAUCUCAUAUAAGCAAUAACAGAGAACAUAAUAGCACAUUUCUUCUAAAAGUACUUGGAACGGAAAAUAAUGAGCCUCCGACAAAAGUACCUAAAAAAAUAAUAAAUAAUUCUGAAAAGAUAAAAAUACAAAAAAAAAGAUGUAAUUUUAAAGUUUCUAUGAAAAAAGGAACUUUUUUUGAAAAAAGUAAAUUGCCAAUAGAUACUGUUUGUAAAUUUGUCGUUUUCUGGUGUUGUUUAAAACACCCUACUCAGGAAUUUUUAAGGAAUGAAUUAAGUUUAGCAACUAGAACUGUAGUCGAUUGGUCGACAGCUUGUAGAGAUAUUUGUAUUCAUUGGGCAAAAUCAGUUUCUGAAAAAAUUGGUGGGGAUGGUGUAAUGGUUCAAGUUGAUGAAGUGAAAAUUCAAGAUGGCAAGGAAUCUAAGCAAAAUGACAACAUAAAUAAAUUUUCUUUUUGGGGAAUGGAAAAAGAUAAAGAAAAUGGGAAAAUAUUUAUUGUACCUGUUCCUGCAUGCGAUUCUUGGAGUUUGUUAACAGUUAUUAAUGAUUGGAUUUUACCAGGAUCGGUUAUCAUAUCAAACUGUUGGAAAACUUAUGAUUGCUUAAAAUUACAAGAGUUUAUACAACAAACAUCUGUUCAGUCGAAAACAUUUGUUCAUCCUCAAAAUAGUAUUGGACAACAAUACUUGGAUGGUAAAACUGAUGAGGUUGGAGCAAACCUUAAUACUGAUUUAUUUAUGCCACGGUUCGGAACUAGAAGAUCUCAUCAUUUAGGAGAUUUAGCUGAAUUUAUGUUUAAAAGAAGAUACAGCAAUCACUUGGAACGAAUGCAUGCAUUUUUUAAACAAAUUUCAUUAGCUUACCCCUUGCAUUAA